UUUUCUUCUCAGGCCACGCCGAGCCUGGCGAGGGCGCGAAAGGAGCGCCUGCUGAGGGAGGCCUGCAAGUAACGUCGUCACAGGCCGCCCGGACCGUUUCGGCGAGGAGCCGCCAAAGCACCGGGUUAUCUCCCCAUCUGUUCCCCACCCACCAAGUCUCCAAGCAAAAGCAUUGACAUGUUUUGACCAUGGCUUCAGAAGCAGUGAAGGUGAUUGUGCGUUGCCGCCCUCCAAAUGAACGUGAAAAGCAGCUCAGAUCCAAGAUAGUGCUCACCAUUGACGGUGCCCGGAGUCAGUGCUUCAUCCAGAAUCCAGCAGCAGCAGAGGACCCACCAAAACAGUUCACCUUUGAUGGGGCAUAUUACAUGGACCACACCACAGAGCAGAUCUAUAAUGAAAUCGCCUAUCCGCUUGUUGAGGGUGUUACAGAAGGCUAUAAUGGUACCAUCUUUGCCUAUGGGCAGACAGGAAGUGGGAAGUCUUUUACGAUGCAGGGGAUUCCGAAUCCCCCUUCACAAAAGGGCAUAAUUCCCAGAGCCUUUGAACACUUGUUUGAGAGUGUGCAGUGUGCAGAAAACACUAAGUUCUUGGUAAGAGCUUCUUACCUGGAGAUCUAUAAUGAAGAGAUCAGAGACCUUCUUGGUUUGGACACUAAACAAAAAUUAGAGCUGAAAGAGCACCCGGAGAAAGGAGUCUACGUGAAGGGCCUGUCUCUGCAUACAGUGCACAACAUGAUCCAAUGUGAACGCAUCAUGGAAACUGGCUUGAAAAACCGUGCUGUGGGCUAUACUCUGAUGAACAAGGACUCUUCCCGCUCCCACUCCAUCUUCAGCAUCACCAUGGAGAUCUACACUGUAGAUGAGAGAGGACAAGAUCACCUGCGGGCCGCCAAGCUCAACUUGGUGGACUUGGCUGGAAGUGAGAGGCAGUCCAAAACUGGAGCUGUCGGAGAACGCCUCAAAGAGGCCACCAAAAUCAACUUGUCUCUCUCUGCUCUCAGCAACGUCAUCUCGGCCCUGGCAGAUGCCCGGUGUACCCACAUCCCUUACCGGGACUCCAAACUGACCCGAGUGCUGCAGGACUCUCUGGGUGGCAACACCAAGACCCUGAUGGUGGCGUGCCUGUCUCCCGCAGACAACAAUUACGACGAAACCCUCAGCACCUUGCGCUACGCCCACCGCGCCAAGAACAUCCAGAACAAGCCCCGCAUCAACGAGGAUCCUAAGGAUGCUCUGCUGCGGGAAUACCAGGAGGAGAUCAGGAAACUGAAAGCCAUUUUGGCUCAGCAGAGCAACACAUGUCAUUUGCAUGUGGAGUUGCCUCACCUGUUAUCUUCUGAAGCUGCUGAACCUGAGGAGAAACCAGAAGUCCCUCCUGAAUUCCAGACAGAUAUUGAGAAAGAGAAGGAGCUAAUCCGAGAAGAAUAUGAGAAGAAACUGGCCAGCCUGAAAGCUGAUUAUGAAGCUGAGCAGAAAUCUCGUUUCCAACUUGAGGAGGACAUCAGUGCUUUGAGGAUUGCUUGUGAUAGCCAAUUGACCACUUGGGAAGAGAGGAAGGAAUCAGGAAUCACACAGCCAGUUGAAGCGUUUCCUGAGCACAUUCCACGAGGCCCUGCUUCAGAAACAGAAGUGCCAGUCAAGGAAAUCAGCUCUGCAGAGCCUCCUGUUCCUGGGACUGACAUGCCUGAAGAAAUACCUGCAACUGUGGACCAACAGCAAGUACUUGCCAGGCUGCAGCUGCUGGAGCAACAAGUGGUCGGAGGAGAGCAAGCUAAGAACAAAGAUCUGAAGGAAAAGCGUCAGCGGCGGAAAAGACUGGCGGACGAGCGGAAGCAGCAGCUCUUGGAAGCUCUGCAGGGAUCGGAUGAGGACAGCAGCGACUGGGUCCUGCUCAGUGUCUACGACUCCAUCCAGGAAGAAGUGCGAGUGAAAAACAAACUGCUAGAAAAGAUGAAGGAGAAGCUGCGGGCAGCUGAGGCUGAAAUCAGAGACCUUCAGUCUGAAUUUGAAUUGGAGAAGAUCGACUACCUGGCCACCAUUCGCCGCCAGGAGCGGGAACUCCUGCUCCAUCAACAGCUUCUGGAGCAGGUGCAGCCUCUCAUACGGCGGGAUUGCAACUACAGCAGCUUUGAUAAGAUCAAGCGGGAGUCUACCUGGGAUGAAGACUCAGGUUGCUGGAAAGUCCCAGAGCCCACCACGGAAAAGACCAGCCUCCCAGGAGUUUCAUCAUCCUCUCAGACAAAAGGGGGCAAGAAGAGCUCUGCGUCGGACCACAGGGAAACAUCAUCAGAGGAAGAAGACCGCUACAAAACGAUGCUGAGCAAGAGUGACAGCGAGAAUAUUGCAAGCGCUUAUUUCCGCUCAAAGCGAGCAAGCCAGAUUCUCAGUGCUGACCCCGCAAAGAGUCUGGCUUCCCAUAACGCUUCCUCCCAUCCUCCAUCCUCCAUUUCCCCGACGGAGACAGCAGAGAUGCCCCAGCCACGCCCUUUUCGCCUUGAAUCCUUGGACUUCUCUGUUCCUUUAACCAAGACAAAGCGCAAGAAAAACCGGCACAACAGGAGUGGAGACCCCUUCUAACUGCAAUGGUCUCUGGUCACAAUACACGAAGUCCUCCAGCCCUUAUUUUCUGCCUCUCUAUUGGCAGCUGCAGCUGUUUUUGAAAGGACCUACCUCCCCCCACCCUCCACAAGAGAGUGAAAGCAACUAAGUGCUAGUUCCCCAGAGACUUACAGUCUGAUCUAUCUUCAUGUUCUAGGUAGGGCUGGUACCUUUCACUGAUCCCUAUUCUUUUGCCAUUUCCUGGUGACACUGCCCAUUCAGCCUGGACUU